AUGGCAACCGCCUCCGUUCCCGCCCUUCAGGUCACCACGGGCUCCAAAUCCACUUCACCGGCCCCACCAUCACCCGAAAACUCGUCCCCGACAUCCACAUCCCCCACCAAUGACGCCCCUGUCAUAGAACGCAUGGGCAACCGUGCUGAACUCAAGCAUACUAUGCUGAAGAAGCUACGGCCGUUGCCUUUACGACAUGAGUGGACCUUUUGGCAUGAUAAAUAUCAAGCUGAGACGGGCUCCGGGGCUUCUGGUGGGGAUCAGUAUGCUUCGCAACUGAAGGAGUUAGCGAAUAUCAGCACAAUUCAGGACUUUUGGCAAGUCUACAACAACACUGACUGGGAAUCCCUCAAACUGCGCGAUUCGUUCUUGCUAUUCAAGAAGAAUGUUAAACCGAUCUGGGAAGACCCGAGGAACAACAAGGGCGGUGCGUGGACGUUUAGGAUAUCGAAAACUAGCAAUACAUCCUUGGAGUUCUGGAAGUCUAUCUUGUUGGUGGCUAUUGGCGAGCAGUUACAGGAAGUCGUUGAAAAAGGUGAUGACAUCUGCGGCGUUUCCAUGUCUGUCCGUUUCAACUCGCAUUUGAUCUUGAUCUGGAACCGUGACGGAUCGAAUCAAAAGUCUAUCGACGCUAUCCUCGCGAAGGUUUUGGAUAGCCUGACGCCGGAAUUGAAACCCGUUCCACAGAAUUACUACUACAAGAAGCAUAGUGAACACAAGGGCUACAAAGCUUUAGAUAGCAAGUAA